AGUGGUGUGAUAUAUCCUGUAUGACUCUAUAUGCCAUUAUCUGUUUGUCGUUCUUUUUUUUUCCUUACAAGAGUGCCAAUGCAAAGGCCUGGCUUGGGAGGAAUUCUGAGCCUUCUGUAAGAUCAAGAUCACCUGUUGCAUCAAUAUCAAGAUCAAGAUCGAAACAAAGUAAUUUUUGCCUUUGUUGUGCCUUUCAACUACCCCACAUGUUAUCACCUCGCAGAGCUUAUACUGAUCUUCAAGAUCGUCGCACCUCUCAACAACAAGAACAAGAACCGCGGUUGAGUGUGAGGAGCCCUGUCUGGCCUCGAGGACUUAUCAUAAAUAUAGAUGCCAUCGCUCAGCCAGGCUUGGAGUGAUGAUGGAUCAUCUUCCGGUGGAAAUAAUUGUGCACAUUCUCUCCUUCCUCUCUGUUGCUGACCUCAUAUGUGUUUCCCGGGUUAACAAGAGGAUCGGUGAAUUGGCAGGAGAUCAACAAUUAUUAAGACACUUAGACUUACGACAAGCAUACUCAUGCUCCCAAGAAGACUUGAAGAUCUUGCUGAGACCUAAAAAUAGGUGUUAUAUGGUACAUAGAUUAGAUAUGGAUGCUGUCUACUGGUUCAGGCCUCCCUUUGACACCAUUGCCAGAAUGAAGAACUUGAAGUCCCUUCACUUGCGAGGCAUUUCCUUAACCUUCAAGCAGCUGCACAGCCUGCUUACUGCUGGCCUGCCAUUGCAGGAGCUGUCAAUAGACUGGCCAAAAUGUUCCCAACAGCCCAUGAACAUGAUUGAAGAGAUGCAGGAAGGACUAAGUCAUUUGAAGUUUCUCUGCCUCACUGUGCAAUUACUUAAUAAUGUGGUAAAUCAGUUUUUGAGACAAUGCCACAUUCCCUUCAGGCUGCUUCUCUAUUGUUCAAAACUGCACCAGCAUUUUCCAUUCAGAAAUAGAUGGGACAUAAUCUUUACUUCCAAGCCUAGCAAUCUCAGGGAGGUACUUACAUUGCAAUCUGAAGGAAAUAUCAUGACAGAGAAGAAUCAUGAGCAUCUGUCACCCCUCAAGCAAGUAACAGAGGUUGUGUAUGACAGUCUCGGUGUUAGUGAUGUUCCAAACUUGACGGCUACAUUGUAUGCCCAUCCUAGACUCAAAGGGCUUCAGAUACAACUCUCAAGACAGCAUGUGGAACUCCAAAGUAUUUGUGAAGCAGCUCCGCAACUACUGUGGCUCAGACUGCACAUGCCAGAUUCAGAAAAGGAGAAAAGGAAAGGAUAUGUUCACUCUAUCUCGACUCUCCAUCAGCUCACUCACCUGUCUUUACCAGCACAUAUUCUCUGUGAAACAUGUGGCACAGAGAAGGGCUGCACAACACCUGCAAUACCUCAGGUGAGCACACCAAAUUUCAAGAGGCCACGCCUAGGAGUCACCAGUGAGGAGGAUGCUGAUGCUGGAAUCUUGAACCUCAUAAUUGAUAACUGCCCACAGUUGACCUUGCUGGAGAUUGGAGUGGAAGAUACAGCUUUCAAGUCACAGGCCGCAAGAUCCACCUACUGGCAUUCUUUGAAAAAUAUUAGAAAAUUGAAGAAGCUCACUCAUUUAACAUUAUGCAACAUUCCAGUGACCAAUGGCAGCUUCCUGCAUGAGAUUGCUGCUGGGUGUCCAAGACUUAAGUUCCUGAAGUUGGCUAAUCUUGGUCCCAGUGGGAAAUGUUGCUAUUUAAAGGAGUUGACUGACUGUGUGACUCAUAUGGCCUGCCUCACCCACUUCAGAAAUCUGAGAUUCCAUCUCUACCCUGGAUUUUGAAGUUGAUGAGUGCUUGGACAACAAUGCCACAGCCUCUCCAGACCCAGCAGUCAACAUAGAGUCAUCCAGUGGUACCACACAAGCAGCACCUAAUUCCCUGGCUACAUCUGUGAUGCUGCCGUUUUCUUCACCCCCCUCACUGCCAGAUUCUUUCCCAUCUCAAAGACCAUCUGCAUCAAAUGAUUCUACUUUUCGAUCUGCCAUUUGUGCUUCAGGGAAGCAAAAGAAGAAAGUAGAAGAAAGAUAAUUUGAUACAAGCUGCUUUAGCCAAAUUAGAGGCUGAAAAAAACAAGAUUCAUUUAUGGCCUUUGGUGUGAUAGUUGGCAAAAAGCAGAAAAUAUGGAAAAGUUUCAGGCUGUGGUUGCUGAGAAAAUAAUUAAUGAUACCAUGUUCUUGGGUAUCAUUAAUUUAUGGCCUUUGGUGUGAUAGUUGGUAAAAAGCAAAAAAAAUAUGGACAAGUUUCAGAUAAUGAUUGCUGAGAAAAUAAUUAAUGAUACCAUAUUCUUGGGUACCUUAAAUAAACUCACUGAAGAUCACCACAUUGCAGACCAGUGACUCAGUAGAUAGAUAGGCUACUUUCCUUCCACCAGGUGUGUGUGU